CAAGUUCAAGGCUUUUAUAGACAACAAGGGGAAUUUAACAAAAAUACGAGGGAGGCAACCGUAAUUAAUCUAAAAGCUCUUAUAAUAUGAAGCUACCCACGGGCGGACGACCCCCGCCAGUUUGAAAACCCGAAAGGACGAAACACGCAACCGCAACCAACAGUGAAUUGUUAAUCACAGUACAGGUUGAAGAGUUUUGGUUUUGGUUUCCGUGUAUGCCCGCAAGUUGUUUGACAAAAUGCUUAAGAGAAAGCUGAUCAGUUGUUCUUGUUUUUCCAUGCUAUAUUGAAAAUGAUUAGGUAAUAUAUGGAUGUCAAUCACUGUUAUUUGGAUGGUAAUGCGGAUGCUGUGGAGUUUUGUCCCCAUGACUCGUUUCAGCAUGUCCUCGCUGCCUCCACCUACACGCUAGAAGAAGGUGAUCAGCCUAAACGAUCUGGUAGCAUAUCACUUUUUGAUGUUGAUGCUGAGGUGGGUCGUCUUCAGUUGACUUACAGAGUGGAAACAGCUGGGAUUUUUGAUAUAAAAUGGAGCCCAGUAGGGGGAGAUGUUGUACCUUUUCUUGCUCAAGCUGAUGCUGAUGGUUACUUAAGGAUACAUCGACUUGAAUGUUGUGUGGAGAGCUCAGAAACAUCGGGAAAUUUUCUCAAAGAGUAUUGUUAUGAGCAUGUGAGUUCGUCCAUGUGCUUGUGUCUAGACUGGAAUCCUUCUGCCACCUCCAUCACUGUGGGACUUUCAGAUGGGUCAGUCUCAAUAAUUUCCCUCACAGAGUCGCAGCUGAGUACUGUACAAGAAUGGAAAGCACAUGACUUUGAGCUCUGGACUGCUUCCUUUGAUAUCCACCAACCGCAUCUUGUUUAUACUGGAUCAGAUGAUUGCAAAUUCAGUUGCUGGGAUCUGCGAGAUAGCCCUUCUAAAUUGGUAUUCCAGAAUACAAAAGUUCAUAAAAUGGGAGUUUGCUGUAUCACAAAGAGCCCACAUGAUGCUAAUAUUUUACUCACUGGUAGCUACGAUGAGAACUUAAGGAUAUGGGAUAUUAGAUCAAUCUCUAGACCGAUAAAUGAAUCUUCGAUUUGUUUAGGUGGAGGAGUUUGGAGAAUCAAGCAUCAUCCUUCUACGCCUGUGCUCAUUUUGACAGCGUGCAUGCAUAAUGGAUUCGGUGUUGUGAAAAUAGAUGGGGAUAAAGCAGAAUUAAUUGAAACAUAUCAGAAACAUGGUUCACUUGCAUAUGGUGCAGAUUGGCAGAGGGGGGAGCUACAUGCAGAAGCAAAGAGAAAGAAGUCACUUGUUGCCACUUGCUCAUUUUAUGACAAGCUCCUUCGCUUAUGGAUUCCUCAAGCUGAUGUUUAUCAAUGAUCUUAUGAAACCUGAUGCAUAGUAUCUGUGAAGAUUCCCAAGAGUUUAGUGUCUUCCCCCUUUUAUCUAUUGGGGUCGAUUAGUGGAGAUCAUUUCAACUGUCCUGUCUACAAGGAUGGGUAUUUCUGAUUCAAGCACUGUAUUCGUAAAUCAUAUUGAAACCGGAAUUUAGAUUAUGAAUUCAGAUGAUGAAAAUUAAGGUAUUUACAGUCACAGAGGAUCUUCUGGAAACUAGGACCAAAGGCAUCUGAAAUUGACAUUGGAUUUCUGCUCUUUGGUGCUUUGUCUUGUAUUAAGAGAGCCAUUCUAGCGCAGUUACAUUUAAUUACGCCCUGAUUCAUUUCCUGAAAAGGAAGUCGAACUGAAAAAUAAAACAUAGAAGAGCUGCCAUUGGAGUGAGGCAUGUUCAGGAUUUACCAUCUUGUUAUGGUGUGGGAAGCGGCAAAAGGAUCCAGUAACUCAGGAAGUAGAAUGGAUAAAGAGAGAGACUAUUGAUUGUUCGUCUUAAUUAUGAAUUGUCAUUUGUCAAGUGGACCGAGCACCUAUUGCUUGAGGACAUACUGAUUUACUUUAUGUGAUCACUUUGGUAAUUGGAUAUCUCCUGAAAAACUAGUGUUCUUUUGAGGUUUGCAAUAAUGAAAAGCUUCUAAAUUUACUUUGACAA